UAUAUGGUAGAGCCUAUGAUGAUUUUAGUAAAUUCGUUGUAUUUGCAGUGAGUAUAUAAAUUCAACAAAAUGAAAGGUUUAGUUCUUUCCGCUUGUGUUUUGAUGUUUGUUUCUAACUCACUAAGCUUAAAACCACAUAUAGGAGAAAAUCUACAACAAGAUAUUAUAAUUUGUAAAAAUGAAACGGACGGCUGGCAAAAUAGCAACAGAAAAUUUGGCUGUUUUUUGGUGUGUGUUUUGAAAAGACGGAAUCUAAUAGAAGGAACAAACAUUAAGGAAAACGAACUUUAUACACUAUUAAAGGAAGAAGUAUUCGAAAAUAAGGAUAACCUCAUAUUACGUAACAUUUUUCAUGCAUGUAUAGAAGGAGCAAAGAAUAUGGAAGAAGAAUGUGAAAAGUGUGAGGGCAUAUGGGGAUGCGUCAUGAUGAAUUUAGUGGUCCUUUCAGAGGAGGCAGUUAGAGAACAUGAAACUGAAGCAGAAAGAACAACAGAAGCUGAAACAAUAAACUAGACAACAGAAAGAGAACCAGAACAGACUAAAUAAAUACAACUGAAUAGAAAAAUUAUACAUUAUCCGUAUGAUAAUUAAUUUCAUAAUCUAAUUUACAUUACAUGAAAAUAUACAUGUAUUUCUCAUACUCUAUUUUUAAUUUCCUGAUUUAAUAAAAGAGCAGUA